GUGCAGGGACCCUUCACGGUGAGACAGAGCAUCAACUUGCACAAGCUGCUGGUUGCCCCAAUCUAUGUGGCUAUGAUCUGGUACUUUGGCGGGGACCUCAGCCUCCGGCAAACGUGGGGCCCCGCUGCAGCAGCACUGCUAAUUUGCCACGGAACCUACGGCUUUCUAUGGGUUUACAAGGACAUCUACUUUCCUGAUGCCAGUUGGACGCAGGCAACCAGCGUGCUGGGCUUCAUUUCCUGCUUUGUUUAUCCGCUUGGUUUCUACUACACACCGAUGCUUUGCCUGGUUUCCCCAUGGUUCCACUUCAGCAGCUUCGGCAUUGGCUCAGAGCCUUGGAUACUAGCUGCGGGACUCUGGUUCUACAUCGUCGGCAUGUUCUACCACUACUGCGCAGACUUACAGAAGCAUGUGCAGCUCGCUUUCGAACGACCUCGCCGGCUCAUCACCACAGAGCUCUUCGCACACAUGCGAAACCCGAACUACUUUGGGGAGAUCAUGAUCUACACUGGCUUCGCCGUUCUCUCCAUGAACUGGCUACCGUUGGUAAUCUUUGCAGCUGUGUGGUUGCAGCUGUUCGUUCCCAACAUGCUUGCCAAAGAAGCGUCUAUGUCGAGGCAUGCAGCUUGGAAGGAUUGGGUUGCGCGCACGGGGCUGGUCUACCCGUGGCUGCCAUCCUUGCUGAAGGAGUUCUGCGCCAACGCCCUGUCAAAGAAGUCCUCCGUCGCGCACGCUGGGGCAGCUUAG